CGCCGCUCGCACUGACGGCCGAAACGCGCGCGGCGCCCUUGAAUGGAGCGGGUGGAAUGCACCUUUCUGUCUAGAAGACCACAGGGUUGCCAGGCGAAAUGGGCAAAUCAGUUCUCAUCUGUCUCCUCCUAUGCCCACUCUCCGUGCUCUGCGUGCGACGGGAGCAGCCAUCGAGCGACGCGUUGGCCUACACAAAGUCGGGCGUUCUACGCGGCAGCACGCAGAUGGUCAUGGGAAAACCCGUAGACACCUUCUUCGGCAUACCAUUCGCACAGCCACCAGUAGGGGACCUGCGUUUCAAGAAACCCGUCCCGGUCAAACCUUGGGGCGGAAUUCGAAACGCAACCCGGCUUCCGCCGCCGUGCGUGCAAAUAGAGCUCGAGCUUCCCAUGACCUGGACCAAGAGCAAACAGCCCGCGUCCGAGGAUUGUCUAUACCUGAACGUGUGGGCGCCGCCAUGCUCCCAGGAGGACUGCAACUGCUCGCUCAAGAACAUCCUCGUCAACGUGUACGGAGGCGGCUACAGCGUGGGCUCGAGCGACUGGGACAUCUACGACGGCGCUGCACUGGCGUCCAUCGGAGACGUCGUCUACGCCAACAUGAACUACAGAGUCGGUGCUUUCGGCUUCCUCAACGGCAAGGUUCCAGAGGCUCCUGGGAAUCAGGGGCUUUUCGACACCCUUCUGGCCAUAAAGUGGAUCAAGGAGAACGCCGUGGCGUUCGGCGGCAAUCCCGACAAGAUCACGCUGUUCGGCGAAAGCGCCGGAGCGGUGACCGUUGGCUACUUCCUGGUGUCUCCCCUGGCCAGGGGCAUCGUCAACCGGGUCAUCAUGCAGAGCGGCAGCCCGUACUGGAGAAUUGGCGACAACACUGACAGCGGACCUCAGAAGCUCCUCGACGUGGCGAAGAAAGUCGGUUGCGCCGACGCCGCCGUGGACUUCCGCCGGAAUCACGAGAGCGUCAUGCACUGCAUGCGAACCAAAGUUUCCGCAGAGGCGAUCCUCGAAGCCGGUCGUCAGAUGUACGGCAAGAAGCACUCGAGCGCUUUCUUCCCGAGCUACGGUGACGAGUUCCUACCCCAGGACCCCGUGAAGAGCUUCGAAAGCGGCGACUUCGAUCAUAAGACACCCGUGUUGUUGGGCACCAACCAGGACGAAGGUUCUGUCUUCCUCACCACGAUCCUUCCAGAGAUCUUCCCCCCCGACGGCGUCGUCGAGUUGUCGAAGGACGAAGCCGGAUUCUACCUCAUCUUGAUGUUUCAGUAUCUCAUGGGCAAGACGACCACUGAAGUGAGAGAUUUCUACUUCAAACACAUGCACAAUCCCAACACCUCCGCCGUACUCACGGCAGCGUCGGACGCCGUGGGUGACUACGCCUUCACGUGCCCUGUGAACUACUUCGCCAAGGCCGUGUCUCGUAGAGGCGGCGAUGUCUAUUACUACUAUUAUACGCACCGUUCAGCCCGCACCAACAGGUCGGAGUGGAUGGGAGUGGCCCACUUCGAGGAGUUUCCGUUUGUCGUCGGCCUCCCGUUUUGGUGCGACCUCCACUACCCCGAGGAAGAGAUACGGUUCAGCCGGCGUGUGAUGGACAUCUGGGUAACAUUCGCCAAAAACGGGAGUCCCCCAAGAGUGAACGGUACUGAUUGGCCGAAGUACACAGAGGAGGCCCCGUACUACAUGGAACUCAACCCGAAGCACUUCCACGUGGGCCGCGGGGUGCACGAGCACAGCUGCCGGUACUGGAGAAAGCACAUCGUUCGAGACGCUUUACCCGGUGUCAUUAUCAGUGUCAUGACACUUUAUCCGGCCAGUACAAACGACAGCGUUGCGGCGACGCGAACUGGUGCGGACGGUGGCGCAAGGUGCCUUGAUAACGCCAGCAAAGUACUGCAGGUGGCGGCGCCAGGAACUAUGAGCGCCACACGGUUCGCCAUUUUCCUAACCGUGGCCGCAGCCGCAGCUGCCUUCGCCUCUGCCGCGAAGAUAUACCGACCCGCCGUGUACACGACCUCCGGCAAGCUGGUUGGGCUCAAGAAAGAAGCGUUCGGUCGGCCCAUCGACGUGUUUUACGGAAUACCGUACGCACAACCGCCGCUGGAUGAACUCAGGUUCCAGAAGCCCGUGCCAGUGACGCCCUGGAAAGGCUUGCGCGACGCGUCGACGCCGCCGUUCCCGUGCAAGCAGCCAGACUUCUUCGUGCACCAAAACUAUACGAUACAGACGCGAAACUCCACGGAGGACUGUCUCUACCUCAACGUGUGGACGCCCGCGAGAUACUGCCGCGACAUCAAGACGUGCGGCCCCAAGGCCGUCAUGGUUUUCAUCCACGGAGGGGCCUUCACGUACGGCAGCAGCAGCUGGUCCUUCUACGACGGCAUCCACUUCGCGUCGACUGGAGACGUGGUUGUCGUCACGCUGAACUACCGGGUCGGGCCUUUCGGCUUCUUCAGCUCGGGACUCGACGGUCUGAACGGUAACCAGGGCAUGUACGACCAGAUCCUCGCGCUCACGUGGGUCAAGUCCAACAUCAAGCACUUCGGAGGCGACCCAGAGCUCAUCACUGUGUUCGGGCAGAGUGCGGGAGCCAUCUCCGUCGGCUACCUGCUCGUGUCGCCACUCAGCCGCGGACUGUUCCGGCGGGCCAUCAUGGAGAGCGGAAGUCCCUUCUGGAUGUUGCACGACAAUCGCGACACUGCGCUCCAGAAGAGCUUCUCGCUGGCCAACGCGCUCGGCUGCACGACGGGCUUCGAGAAGAUCAUCGAAGACCCCCGAGUGAUGGCCUGUCUCCGCUCGAAGGAUGCCAGCGAGAUCGUGAGCGUGGCCACGGAGGUCCUGGGACCCCAGGCCGAGACGUUCUUCCCGAGUCGCGACGGCGAGCUCUUCCCGGACGACGCCAAUGUUCUGAUGGACGCCAUGAAGACUUCCGGAGUGGAACUGCUCAUUGGAAACAACAAGAACGAAGGCACCUACUUCGUCUACAACUUCCUCGCCAAGGGACUCAAGUUCCACAAUCUGGCGCACAUCACCAAAGACGAGCUCGGCUUCUACAUGGUGCUCUUCUUCCGGACUAUGCUGCAGUCAGGCGUGAACGAAAUCCGCGAGUUCUACCUGGAUAAGUUGAACAGCACCGAUCCCGAAGUGAUAUUGCAGCGCGGAUCCGACGCUGUGGGUGACUUCCUUAUCACGUGCCCCAGCCGCUACUUUGCGGAGAAGUACCAGCGCAAAGGUCAGCCGGUGUACUACUACCAGUUCUCGCACAAGCCCAGCUUCAGCGUGUGGCCGCAGUGGAUGGGCGCGACGCACUUCGACGAGUUCCCGUUCGUGUUCGCGCAUGUCAUGGCCUUCCCAGAGCUGGUGACGCCCGAGGAGGUCGCGCUCAGCCGGCAGCUGGUCGAGAUCUGGACGACUUUUGCUAAAAUCGGGCGCAUGCCAACGCUGGGCAAGAUCGCGUGGCCCCGGUACUCGGCUGCGGGCCCCUACAUGGUGGACAUCAACCUCAAGGUCCUCACCAUCAAGAAAGGACCGCAGGAGGAGAACUGUAACUUCUGGAGGCGCUACUUCAAGUUAGACGGCUGAGAGUGCGACCCACUGUUCAAGUCUGCCGAAGUGCCAAAUCAGGGGGCGCAAGAGAAUGUGCCUCACUUUGAUUGGCUGCCUAAAGGUCAGCCUAUCUUCCAGUACUGCCGAGCCUCUGCAUCGACGUGAAGCUUCGAAGACGCUGAUCACAUUGAUGUCACCAUCGAAGAUCCUCGGAACAUGACUUCUUCUCCGAGAGUGACAUGUUACAAGACCUCAGUGAACGACAUUUGUUUGUGUUGCCAUUUUCGUCAUUUCGUAUUGUUUAGUUAUCAUCAGUCGCACAACACCUAACCCAGAUGCUCGUAUCACUUCGUUUGGUGUUCAAACUGAGGACGUAAUCUCUUGUACAACAGCGGUGAGCCGAAACUGCUUUUUCUUUCUCGUAUGGUACUUCGUGGCACUAGAAAUUACAUCAGAGAGCUCAGUGCAACUUCAGAUGCAGGAGGAGGAGAUAAAAAAAGGGAGAAGGAAGGGAUGUUAACGGGAAAUUUGUCUCGUUGGCUACCAUACGCUAGAUAUACCAACGACAUAGUGUUGCACGUCUUUCCUUGUGGAAAAAUCUGUGGGAAUCACUUUUUUUUCAUGGAAGGCCAAAGUUCUUCCAGAUGUUACCCUUGUGGACGAAUUAACGCAGACACGUAAAAGCGAUUGGUGGAUAUAAGUUUCGUUGCAUCUAAACGGCGCGCAUCGACAUAACAAGAACGAAGAAAUUAGUUCUGUUAUCAAGCAGAAUUGAACAUUUUUGCAGGUAAAUAAACAUACAGAAUAUUGUUACAAACUUGUAACAGUACUCUGUUUGUAAAAGUUGCACUGUAGUGGUUGUUAGACUAGUGUACUAUAACUGUAAUGUCACAUUCUUCUGCUAACCUACAUGUCUAAGACAGGUAAGGCUGCAUUAUUUCAACCUGCAGAGGGCAAAAAAUACUGCCUUUUUUUCUUCAUUUAUAACGUAAUGCCUUCCUGCUCAAAAUGGUCAUUUCUAACGUAAUGCCUUUCUGCUCAGAAUGGCAGCGUGUGCAGUGAUUCUCCUUAAGAUUUGUUAAAGCUGUGUCAGCGAUGUCAGUGUUACACCAAAGCACUCGUUGUUUAGGUUUCAUCUUCAGUCGUUGUCUCCAUCGUGUUUUAAAAUAUGUGUUUCGCUAACAGCUUCCCUUCUGAAGGGCAGCUUUCAAAAAGAGACAUAUUGUAAUCACUAUCGAGCCGAUGGCGGAGCACAUCUCCUUAAUUUCCUGGGCAAUUGGCUUCUCGAACAUACUGCAAGGAAUCUUAUCAUUGUCCCGAGGACAGAGAAUGGUCGCCAAUCUGUAACCUUCAGAAUACGUGACCACGCGAAUGUACAGUAACUUUGUAUCUUGCACUGUCGUGGUGUAGAUUUAUGUGUUUACGUUUGAGUAGGAGUUCAUGAGCGUUUUUGUUUCGCUAUGUCCUUGUUAACAUUGCGUGCGUGCCCAAUAGGCACUUUCUUUUUUUUUUUUUUUACGGUUUCAUCAGUGUCACUUGGCAGCCCAAGUUAUGGUCUUACACCAUAUGUUGUCUUAAUGUUGAUUAUUUGUGAACCAUCUUGUCUGUUCAUUAUUUGCUAACAGUGCUGCCACCACGCUGUAGGUACCACUUCCUGUUCUGCGAGCCGUAAUGACAAUGCAACUUUCCACUAUUAGCGGCGCUAUUGGCGCACAAGAACGAUGCCACACGAUUACAGCAUGCGUGUGAAAUCUUUUCUUUUCAGUUUUAUUUGCGCAGCUGCCAUUCUGGGCUCAUAUUCACGAAACUUCUCUUAAUCAGAUGCCGUCUACGACUGGCCGUAACCGUGGUGGUUGUCCCCUUAUCACGCCGAUUGGUAUCUCGAGUGGCGGGCUCCCAAGCGCUGGCUAAUGAGGAAACGCUCUUACGUAAGAGAUGUCUUGUGAAUAUGGACUCUGAAUCCUAGUCGUCAGUGGCGCGAAAAGCGUGCCAGCGUUACGUGGAUAUAUUGCUCGUCUUUUUCGUUGUAUAAUUAUUUGAAUCUUAUAUUGACUGCCGAAUGCAGUGUCCCUCGAAUAAAACACUAAGCCUUGUUAUACCUA